AUGGCUGGAAAUGGAGAUGGAGUGCAGUUGCUUGGGUAUUGGGCAAGUCCUUUUGCCCUGAGAAUUAAAUGGGCUUUGAAGCUGAAAGAAAUCCAUUAUGAGUAUGUGGAAGACCAUCUCCUAGACAAGAGUCCUAUGCUUUUGCAGUACAACCCUGUUCAUAAGAAGAUUCCAGUUCUUGUGCACAAGGGUAAGCCUUUGGCUGAAUCACUAGUGAUAAUUGAAUACAUAGAUGAAUGUGUGCCAACAAUGUUUAAAGCAUUUUCCAAGGUAGGGGCGGAGCAGGAGCAAGCUGCAAAAGAGCUUCGAGAGAAUCUGAAAACUCUGGAGAGUGCUCUGGAGGGGAAGCACUUUUUUGGGGGUGAAACAAUAGGCUUUCUAGACAUUGCUGUUGGCUGGAUUGGAUGCUGGGCUCGAAUGAAUGAGGAAGUUGCUGGUGUAAACAUGAUUGAUGUAGAGAUGACGCCUUUGCUCGGUGCAUGGUUCCAGAAAUUCCUCAAGCUUCCUAUUAUCAAAGAAUGUUUGCCACCUCAAGAUAAAUUGCUAGUGCACACCAAAGAAUUCCACAAGAUGUUGAUGGCUGCAUUGACUUGA